GCAGGGACAAGGAGAAGAGAAGAACGCACCUCCACAACAAAAGAAAGAACGAACGACCGACCUGUCUAUGGCCUCGCCAGCACGAUAACGAAAGAGAGACAUACAUGCUCGGGUGACCGACCGUCUGGCCUUGGCAGCAAUGGCGAUGACAGUCAGUCUCUUGCCGUGCUCGACUCGCGCAAUUAUUGCUGCCACCGAGCGACCAUUUCACAAACGAAAUACGUUCGAAAUUCCUCGUUUUAGCGGGGCAGGAAGAUUCGCAAGGAGCAUCACGUCUGUGAGGUGCAGAGCCGAGGCCGAAGGAGGUGAGGGCGCAGAUGUGGCAAAGCAAUUCGAACAAAUUCUGCAGAAUGAGGCCACCAAAAAUUUGGUCGAAAGCUUAGCGGAGAAAGUGAUGCAGGAUGAGGAAUCAAAGGCGCUGCUUCAAGAUUUAGCAGCCGCCACUGAGCGCGUGGAAAAGGCCAAGCUGGAGAUGGAGAGGACAAACAGGUUAGAGCAGGAAAUUUUGUACGUUGAGAAUCAAAUGGCUCGGAUUAUUGCAGAGCAGAACUUAGCCGAUUCUCUGGUCGCGGAGGUCGAGAAGGAUGUCCAAGACGCCGAGCAGGAACUGAGAGCUGCUGAGCUUGCGCUGGUCACUGCAAGAGCUGGAGGCGUCACUGAGAAUCAGAAGGUUGAUUCCGAAACGAGUUAUGAUAAGGAUUUGGACAGGCUGGAAUCAGGAAAAGCAGCUGCCGUUUCUGCCAUAGCCGGCACACUUUCCAGUCUUCCAUUUUUACUCGUUUCAGGAGACGAGUUCGGAAUCGGGCCUCUGCUCAGUACCGGAGGAGUCAUUGCAAGCUGUGCCCUCUAUGGAGUCACCUACCGGUACAUCAUAAGGCGAGACCUGGAUAACAUUCACCUCAAGUCGGGAGCAGCCGUGGCAUUUGCUCUCGUCCGAGGGAUCGCACAGGUGGAUGCUGUCUCCAUGCAAGUCGGCUUCCCCGCUCAGGGUGCAGAGAAAGUUUUGAUGGCUUCUCUAAAUGCCUCAGAAAGUCUCUUCAUUUUCAUAUUCGCCACCCUAGCUAUGGACUUUUGUAUGACGCGAUCGAUAUUCAGCCCAUACCCAGUAAGAAGACCGUAAUUGGACUGGGGCAGGAGAUACUCCAAUGUGUCGAAUAAUUUUUAUUAUAGUAAAAGUUGAAGCUUACACAAUUUCACCAUUUGUUGGUUCGAUAGUUGGGACGUUGGGCAGAAAUGCCUGCAAUUUUUGCUUGGGCAGGACCGGAACAUCCAAGGGAACGUCUUCAACACCGACCGAGGCGGAGAGGAGUGUAUUUGGGUUGUGCAGACAACUAUUGCACUAAAAUCACCUCCGCAAAGUCGAUAAGCCCAAUAACUGUGAUUCUUAUUUUCAUUCGGAAAACGAAAUGAAUAUAAGAAUAUAUUCUCUUGUUCUCCAUUGCUUGCAUCCAGACUGUAAAUUUUCCGGUAACUUCAGCAGUCAUAUACGACGAAGGAAGCAGAUUACUAUGCACCCAAAGUGAACACAACCACAGGUUCAUUUAAUCCACACGUCCAGACACAUUGUCCAAGGACAGGAAAAACCACGGUGGUCUAAAGUUUUUGAGUGAAUUCUCAUUUCAGCUCCUUAAGAACAAAUCUUUG